CUGGUCCUGGGAGUGAUGUCACCUCACUCCCGUAUGGGCAUUCAUUCCACCAACAGUGUGCGUCUCCCUGCUUCUCCAAAGCGAUGCUGUUCUCCAAAACGCUAAAGCAGCAUUACGCACGGAGAUGUGACAGCAGGGGAACGACUUUGUUCGUGGUGCCCUGGUUUGUGAACUGUAUUCUUCUCGCGGAUAUUCUCGGAACUUCGUGUGCUCGUCGGAACUAUUUAGAGGACCUGUGAUGAAUGGUUUGCCAUUUGAGGAGAUGCGUUUGUGCAGGAGCGUUACGCGCAACGUAUCGCCAUGCCAUCAGUGAAAGGCAGCGCACCCAAUCUUAGCUGUUUUGGAAAGCAAACGGCUGCAAAACAACAAACAUGAUACGAAAUGACAAGUUGGAGGCAGAAUGGAGUUAACCCAAUUCAAUCUGUCAGUGGAAAACGUUUCCAACGAUGUGAACACCACGGACGCACCUCUCGCCUUGCCACAUACGGAGGCAGCCACUGCCCUCAUCAUCCUGGUGGUGAGUGUGAUCAUUUCGGUGACCAUUGUCGGUAACGUGUUGGUGAUUGUAGCGGUGCUGACCAGCCGGGCUCUCCGUGCGCCCCAGAACCUUUUUCUGGUCUCUCUGGCAUCAGCGGACAUUCUCGUGGCCACACUGGUCAUCCCCUUCUCCCUCGCCAAUGAGGUCAUGGGCUACUGGUACUUUGGGAGUACUUGGUGCGCCUUCUAUCUGGCUCUGGAUGUGUUGUUCUGCACCUCAUCCAUCGUGCACCUGUGCGCCAUCAGCCUGGACCGCUACUGGUCAGUGACAAAGGCGGUCAGCUACAACCUGAAGCGGACACCUAAGCGCAUCAAGUCCGUGAUCGCUGUCGUGUGGAUAAUAUCUGCUGUCAUCUCCUUCCCUCCUCUUCUCAUGACCAAACAUGAUGAACGAGAGUGCCUGCUAAACGAUGAGACCUGGUACAUCCUCUCCUCUUGCCUGGUGUCCUUCUUCGCGCCAGGUCUCAUCAUGAUUCUGGUUUACUGUAAGAUCUAUAAGGUUGCCAAGCAGCGCUCCUCCACCGUGUUCGUGGCCAAGAACGGCCUGGAGAGGCAGCCCUCUCAGUCCGAAACCUGUUUCGUCAGGAAGGAUCGUUUCGAGAUGGAGAGCCCCAGUAGCCAGAGCUCCGGCAGCCACCAGCAGAAGCAAGGGGAGCUGGAUGACAUCGACCUGGAGGAGAGCUGCUGUCCGUCGGAUACUAAACCCCGCAAUCAUCGCUUCACCAAGCGGAGGAAGGUGGAGGGGUCAGACUGCUGCCCUCCUCAGAACUGCCGUCUCUCCUGGGCUUCGGCCCGGGCAUUACAGCUCUACCCGGAGCAGAAGAACCCAGCUGCGCGACAACAGUUGGCCGCGGCCAACAAAACCAAAGUGGCCCAGAUGCGGGAGAAACGUUUCACCUUCGUGCUGGCGGUAGUGAUGGGGGUGUUUGUGCUUUGCUGGUUCCCUUUCUUCUUUACUUACACCCUGCAUGCUAUCUGCAGAGACAGCUGCUACAUCCCUGGCGCACUUUUCAACCUUUUCUUUUGGAUUGGCUACUGCAAUAGUUCUGUAAACCCCAUAAUAUACACUAUUUUCAACAGGGAUUUCAGGAAAUCCUUCAAGAAAAUCAUAUGCAGAACUUCUAAACGCACAUGAACACAGAAAGUGUUCCUGGGACAAAUCUGUUUAGCCUCUUACUCAACAGUGCUUGGGAGGAAUUAUAUUAUUAAAACUCAUUCUCUUGGCUUACUGGUUCCCCUCCUCAAAAUCAUUUUAAUGUAACUACUAUCAUAUUGGAAAAAAGUGAUCCAGUGUUGUGUACAAAUUUAAAAGUCUAUAAAUAAAAUGUAAAGUUGAGCAAAACAAAAGAGAAAUAUUUUUGCGCUUCAGUGUUGCAAGCAUCAAACAUGGUCAGUUAUUUAAUCAUUAGAUAUAUGUUUGCCACUUGGGAUAUGCAAAGUUGCAAUAUAUAAGGCACUGUAUAAUAAGUCCUGGAAACCUGCACCUUUGAUCAAGAAAUCCCUGUAUUGAAUCAAUGUUUUAUGCUGCAGCAAGCUGGGGGAAAGAGCUACUUCAGAGUAAAAUUAAAGCCAUGAAGGAAGCUGGAUUCCAGUGCUGGUCGCUGGUUGUUUUGUGUUGAGAUAAAUAGAGGAUUAAUCUAUAAGAUAUGAGCAUGGGGACAAGCAGGUAAGCUGUGGAUGUGUUAUGGUGGAAAAGAAGAAAUUAAAUCUUAUAGGUCAAACAAGGUUUGUCAUGAAGUAAAGCAUGUUGGAUGGUUGAAAUGUGUGGCUUUAUCACAGGUUAUUCAGAUACAUUUAUCGUUGCCUGCUGCAGUUAAAGCUACAGUGGGGCUCUCAGCCAUUUCUUAUCAGUGAACCCCCAAACUUACGUAAGAGUCCAAUCUCACAGCCUCACCACACCAUCGCACCACCUUGCACCAGAACAAUGGCCAAGCUGCAGCCUGUGUGUGCUAAAUCCAUUGCGUAAAUCUGUGUAUUUCAUUUCACUACCUCACAAUACCUCAGUGUUUUGUAAGUAAAUAUUUAAACCUUGUGAGAUCACAAUUCUGCUAUACAACCUGAUUUCAGUGUCAUGGGACAGAGAUCAGAUUGGGGUUACAUUGUCAAGCGAUCAUUACUUUCAUUGUGUUGUAAAAUUCUUGUUUAAAAUUUUCUUUUUAAAUAAAAUGUUACUGGGAAGGUGAGAAAAAGAAAA